AUGGAGCUCCCUACCCUGCCGCUGCCUUUUCUUGACUUGCACUGCUCGCCAGAGUGCGCUGCAGACUGCGACGGAGUCCACAUCCCCUGGAAGGUGCAAGAAAUCGCGGGAGCAACUGGAUGGGAACCCGUGGGUACUAGCAGCAGCAAAUGCGCUGCAUUGUCCAUGGGAGCCCAGGCGGCGGACGAACAGAUUGUGACGUCCAGCUGUACGGAUCAUUCGUUGCUGCCUCUGCCAGUGAUUUCCUCUGGCACGAACAGCAUGGCUAUGGAGUCAGUGCUCGGUGAUUCGUUCAAGGUGGAAGGCUGGCCUGAUUUCAUGCCGUCGAUCUCUGAGUCCCAACAGCUCCAUGUCCGAGCCCUGACACAUGUCAGCAUCUCACACGGCUGCGGGGGACACGUCAGCAUGCUGACUCAGCCGUCCCUGCCAGGUCAGGGUUUCACACAGAUGACAACAACAGCUGCUUCACCCUCGCGUGUUUCGACCCAUGAUGAGAUUCAUUCGGUGGUGAUGAAUUCAGCUGCUGCUUCAUUGCCCAAUCGCGAGCCGCCUCAACAUUCUAUGGCGGCGCCGCCUGCUGCGGUCUAUAAUCAGAUCCACUCCAUGCUGAACACUCAUGCUGCCGCCACCACCGCCGCCGCAGCUGUUGCUGCAUUGCCUGAUGCUGUGCCGAUCGCAGCUUGGCAGUUGCAGUCUCUUGAACAAGGAGCGUCACUGUCGUUACGAUCAGCGCACGCGCAAGCAACACCAGCCCAAAGAUUGGAAGGCAGCACCCAAGGCGGGCCCCAACCACUAAUCCGUGAUGGAACCCCAGCAAUCCGUGACGGAACCCUGUACGACAUGAUUGUGUCGGGAAGAUUCAAGCGGAAGGGCUCUUCCAGCUGGUGGGAUGAUGAUUCGAUUGCGGAGACCCCAGCCAACAUGCAGCCUCGGAAAACGCAAUGUCUGGUGGGUGGUGAUGGAGGACUGGGUUUAAAAGGCCCUCACAGUGGGACGCCUAACGCAGGAUCGCUCGCUUUUGGUAGUCAAUGCGACAUCAUAGGUCUAGACCCGCCCAGGACAAGAGUGGAGUUUCCUGCUCCGAUCCCUGCCGUUGGAUCCACUGCAGCCAUUGUCGGCUCUGUUGCUGUGAGCCGUCCACCUGCUGCUGCCACGGAAAGGGCAGCGUCGUUGGAUCCAUUGUCGACAAGGUCGGCUCUGGGAGCAACACAAGGGGCAGAUCUGCCAGCACAGUCUGCACACACAAGCCUGAGGGACCAAGCGGGUGGCAAUGGGCUGGGCUUGGAUCGGCCGCCUAUUCAUCGCCGACACGCUGUCGAGAAGCUUAGAAGACACCGGAUUAGUGCAGGCUUCAAGCGGCUUGAAAAGAUUCUGCCACCCACGUGGAUGCGCCAGAAACAUCAGUUAAACAUGUCAUCGCGAACGGACAUGGCGUCGCUGUUGGAUGCUGCAGUUGACUCCAUUAGGGAGUUGGAGGACCGAAAGGCCCAACUUGCACAAGCUUACAUUCAGCAAGUGUCAGAAUCGCAGCAAUGA